AUUUUACUUGAAGGUUCGGUUUCGUUUUGUGGUGAAUCUUUAUUAUGAGGAGAAUUAGGCGAGUCAUUUCGCUUCAUGGUAACAGAGAAACUCGCAGUCCACAUUCAACUUCUAAUACGGCUAGCAACAGAAUUUGAGACCCGCUGUUAAAAACAUCAAAGUAACAGCACGAAAACUGAUGAAACUGUGACAGGCUGUUAAACGAAAUAGGCGUGGCAUCUCUGCUGUUUUAAUCAAUGGCUUCACGGGAAAUUACGGGCAAAGAACUGUAUGACAGACUAAGCAAGUAUAUUCUGACAGAGGAGCAGCUACGUUCCAAUGGCUACCCACGUCCAUCUACAGAUGGCAGCAGCAAGGCUAUGAUUUAUAAAAAAGAUAACAUCGAUAUCCCAUUAAAGGAAAAUGCAAGUGCUUGCAGACGUUGUGGUAAAAUUUACUGCGUGGCAGUAGAUGGCAGUCCUGCAAUACAAGAAAAGUGUAGAUACCACUUUGGCAAUGCUCACAAACAAGGAGGUUCAGUUGCUCGUUAUGCUUGCUGUGGUGAAAAAGUGGGAAGGCAAGGAUGUCAAGUAGCUGAUCACCAUGUUCAUGCAAGAAAUAAGGCAAACAUGAAUGGCUAUGUGAAAACUUUGCCUGGAUUUGAUCAUCACAUAUAUUCUAUUGAUUGUGAAAUGAUUUACACAAAGGCAGGAUUGGAGUUAGCUCAAGUUACAGUUAUUGAUGAGGACUGUAAAACAGUGUAUGAGAGCUUGGUAAAGCCAGACGCAGAUAUCAUUGACUACAACACAAGGUUUAGUGGUAUCACAGCAGCAGACAUGAAAGAUGUUACAACUACUCUACAUGAUGUCCAGGCAGUUAUGUUGAGCAUGAUCUCAGAUAAAACAAUCCUCGUAGGCCAUAGUCUGGAGAGUGAUCUUGUAGCCCUUAAGCUUAUACACAGUACAGUUGUAGACACAUCCCUAGUCUUUCCACAUCCACGUGGGUUACCCUACAAGAGGGCUCUGAGGAACCUCGUAGAAGAAAAGUUGCAAAAAAGAAUUCAAACACACACUGGAGGUCAUGACAGUAAAGAAGAUGCCGUAGCUUGCAUGCAGUUGAUACUUUACAAAGUUAAAGGAUAGUAAAAGAGAAAUGCUAACGUUUAUGAGACCACUGUGAUAUUAAAUGUGAUUAUUUUAGAUAUUAAAUUAGACAUUGAGCCUGUUUUUUUUUUUCAAUUUUUUAAAAAUAUAAUGUAUUUAGUUUUAUAUAACUAUUAAUUAUUUUAAAAUAUAUAUUUAUUUGAAAUCAAUAAACAUGUUGAAAUAGGUUAUUUUUUAAAAUUAUUAUUAACAAGGAUUUAUAAUUAUAAAAUGUUUUAAUUACAAAUAUUUUAUUGUAUAUGACUUUUAAUUGUAUAUAAAAUUCAAAGGCGUAGCGACCUAUUCUGGUGAUCGGGUGGACAAUCAAUUUUGCACCCCCUCCCUCCCAUUUCUAAACAUACUUAUUCCUGUCUGUGCAAAAGCACCUCACCCCCUUGUUGGAAAGUUAUACGGCGCUUCUUUCCAGUUACUAUCCUGUAACAUUUUUUAAUUUCGGUGCCACAAAAUUGAUAUAGAAAACAGUUAAAUCAGUGUGUAAAGCGUUAUAGUCAUUUAUUUUUGUAACUUUGACUGUGUAUAAUUCAGUACUUCAGCUUAAAAUGAGCUUUUAAAUUAAUUUUUCUGCCCCUUUUGUGUGCCCCCUUAGUGUUGGCGCUCUGGGGGUAGGAGGGGGC